CUUGAGAAUCCUUCUAGAACUACAAAAUGUUGCUAUGAUGAAGCUGUUUUAUUUUUGAGACUUGUGGUAUUCCUAAUAUAUUUUUGAAAUGCUUAAUCGGGGAAUGACAGAUGCAGACAAACAAGCAUUUGAGUACUGCUUUUCAAACAACAAUUUGUCGUGCAUCAAGGAAAUCAAACCUCAAGUGGAGUGCAUUGUUUUAUACACUUUUAUUUCUUUAGCCUCUGUUCUUACGGUGUUUCUGAACCUGCUGGUGAUCAUCUCCAUCUCUCACUUCAAGCAGCUGCACACUCCAACCAACCUGCUUAUUCUCUCUCUGGCUGUGGCCGACCUACUUGUUGGACUGAUUGUAAUACCACUGAUGGGAAUCAGAUAUAUUGAGACAUGUUGGUACUUUGGAGAGACAUUUUGUUCUUUGUUUCCAUUUAUCCUUUAUACUCUUGUUUCAGCAUCUCUUGGUAAUUUAGUUUUCAUAUCUAUAGAUCGCUACAUUGCUGUGAAAGAUCCUCUGCAAUAUUCAACAAGGGUCACAACCAACAAAGCUAUUUUUUGUAUCAUUUUAAACUGGCUAUGUUCAAGCAUAUAUUCAGUUAUCGUGUUAUACGAUGCUAUCUUCAGUAAAGAAAACCCAAAUACAUGUUACGGGGACUGUAUUGUUACUGUUAAGUUUGAGUAUGUUCUCACAGACCUCAUUGUUUCAUUAGUGGCCCCUUGUUCAGUAAUCAUAUCUUUAUAUGGGCAGAUCUACUGUGUCGCAAAAUAUCAAGCUCGACUUAUAAACUCUGUCACAAAUGUCAGCAAGUCAGAAAAAAAGGCAGCAAAAACACUGGGGAUUGUUAUAGCAGUUUAUCUUCUCUGUUGGAUACCAUAUUACAUUGUCUCUCUUUUUCCAGGAUAUGAUUCAAAUGAAUCAGCUGUAAUGAACAUUAUGUGUUGGAUUAUGUAUAUGAAUUCUUGCAUGAAUCCUCUUAUCUAUGCAUUAUUUUAUCAAUGGUUUAGAACAUCAGCUAAACACAUUCUGUCUCUGAAAAUAUUUGAACCAUCUUCAGAAUAUUUAAGUCUGUUCCCAGAGGUAAAUGAUAAGUAAUCUGUAAUGUUAAAACUGAUUUCAGUAUGUAUUUUGCUGGCCAGACUGUAGUAAUUCACUUUAUGUACUGCAAUAUUGAUGUACAAAACCUCCUGCUGUUUGAUAGCACUUUUAAA